GCUUUACCAAAACUUUUUCAUAGCAAAGAAAAAAGAAGAAAGAAAACAAAAAAGACAUGGAGGGUGGAUCCAGCGGCAGCACCGCCAAAAAUGGUGGUGAUCAGGUAGGUUUGCCGGAUGCUCAGGGUGGUGCAGCAUCCAUCCUGGUUGCCGAAACGGCAGAGACGAUGGCUACAAAUUUGGCAGCUCAUCAACUGUUUCUGAUGAGUUCUGAAGAGUUCACUAAGCUUUGCACCUCCAUGGCUAAAGGUAUUGAUUAUGCAAUUGCAAAUAAUGAGGUUCCAAGAAGAGCUCGGUCGCUACCACCAUUGCUGAUUCAGGUGUAUCAAGCUCGUGUGAAUGAGGCUUACUUACUAGGUUUAAUGAUGCUUACCUUGUCUGUCCAGUGUGCCUGCAAACUUGAGUGGUUUACUAACCAAGACACAGAAGAUCUCCUAAAGGUUUGCAAGGAGGUCAUAAGGAACUACUCGGAUCCUGACCAGAUUUGUGUUGGACCAAGGCAUGCCCUUUGUUGGCUAUCACUAGUCACAUCAAGGUAUUGCCCAAACACAAAGAUUGACCUUCCUGGCUGUAGAUUCUGUGUUGCUAGCGUACCAAUAACUAAAUUAACAGUUUCUCCAGGUCGUGACAAGAUAAGCUUUUUCACGAUUCAAAUGGACCAGUUGAGAACAUCGAUGUGUACUUUCAUUCCACUAGGAGUGAGCAUUCAGAUCAAUGGCAAUGAUGUUGAAGGAAGAACUACUCUUUCAUUGUUGCGGGAUGAAAUGAGACCAUUUCCAACUGAUGUGACUACCAUGCUUAAACUUGGUGUUAACUGUCUGCAAGCCAUUGGGCAAGUUACUGGUGAUCUUCUUGUUGUCCUUGCUGUCACAAGUGGAAUCGAAUCGUGUUCUGACUCGCAAUUGCCAGACAAUGUUGGCUUUUCUGCUUCAACUGAUUCUGAUCAAAGUACUCCGGAAAACCAAACCAGGGACUUACCCAGUUUGCCCGAGUUAAGAACAAAGGAAGAAGUUAUUAUUAACAAAAAACUGAUGAAAAAGCUAACAAACUCCAAAAUCUAUAUUUUCAAUCAUUUUCAAAAUUUUGUACGUUUUCAUAAGAGAAUUUGUUGGACAAAACAUAUAGUCGUAACUAAGAAUUACGUGACUAUUUGUGUCGCCCAAUCUUUUUCUGCUCUGAGCACUAAUGCUGAGGGAGGUUUAAUGGUGCUUACAAUGUCUAUCCAGUCUGCCUGUAAACUCGAGUGGUUUAGCAACCAGGACACACAAGCUUUGCUAAAGAUUGGCAAGGAGGUCAUGAAAAACUACUCGGAUCCUGAUCAAGUUUUAUCAAGAGUCACCAUGAGUCGGUCAUCUCAAUAUCUCCACGAAGUACCACAGUCUUACCGCGACAUUGGUUUGGUUUUAUCAAGAAUAUUCAGCAGAGCAUUCACUGGACACCUCGAAAACACCAUACUGUUAAUAACUCCACUAGGAAAAUUUCAGGUGAAGCUCCGAAUGACUCGAAACCACAGAAUAUAUAUGUAUGGUGACACACUCAUGGUGUACAUGGAUCGUAUGGGAAUCACAGAGCAGUCCUUCAUUCAUUUCAUAAUGAAGGACAAUUAUGAACUCAUCACAACUAAUUUUGGAAAGAAUGGUUGUCAAGUCGGCCUCCUACAUUCACAUAUCAUGGGCCUAAAGAGUAUUUGUUAUCAUUACAGAGUUGGUCAGGAAUCGUAUUCAUGUGCGAUCAUCUCUUCUGAAUAUUGGGAAUAUUUGCAUUACUCUACUUGUGAUGUUGCUCUUUUGAAGGUUGGGCCACAAAUCAUGGAAGUAGACCUUUUGACAGUUGCAGGUCAAACUGUUGGUUUCUGUGGACCAACUUGGAAAUAUUUUUACAAGUUCUAUGGACUUGAGCCAGAGUAUCACAUUGUUUUCUGUUUUGAAGCCGGCAUUUUCACAUCAAAUGUCUUUCAUUUCGAUGGCAGCCUCUUGCACCAAGAAAGGAACAAAUGUUAUCACUUGGCUGGUAACAACAUAGGAAGUUUUCACAAGCUUCCAAUAAUAGGGGAAGAUUAUUUCACACACCGUCUCGAUCAAGAAACUAUCCAUACAUCGAGAGUGAUGAUCCCAAGAUAUUUGAGUCUCUGCCAUAAUUUGAUGACUACAUCGAAUUGUUGGUUGACCUACAAGGGUCGCCAUACAUGUAUGACAUUACGCAAAGAUGAAAGGGACCAUGAUUAUGAGAACAUUGGAAUAUUACCAAUGUACAUUUACGGUGAUUGGGAACUAUUCAGAAUCCGAGCAAACAUACCCAUCGGUACUCAAUUAACUAUCACACUGGAUGUUGAGAGCUUGGUAGAUGGCAUGGAUGUGGAAUUCGAAUGUGAACCCUUCGUAUAA